AUGUUACCUACAAACCAUACCUUCACCUCGACUCUAGGCUCGCCGACUCCGAGCUUGAGUCGAGGAUCUACCGGCGGAUCAGAGUCCGAUCCCAAGUCGCCUAUCAACGAAGAUGGGGAGGUCGAGAUCGAGUAUGAAACGGACGGGUCGGAAUUGUCAGGAGAUGAGGAGGAGGAUGAAGAGCCUGAGGAGAACGCACCGCCGAUCCCCCAGCCAGCUUCUUUCUACCAACACGAACACACCCAAGAGAUCCCUGCUGCCCCUGGUUCCCGCUGGUUAACUCCCGAAGACGACCCUUAUGCCUCUCGUGGGAUUCCGAUUUUCAGGCCGGCGAUGGACGAGUUUAGGGAUUUCGAAGGGUACAUGGAGAGGGUCGCUCCGUGGGGACAUCGGAGUGGAAUCAUAAAGGUCGUUCCUCCAGAGGAAUGGACCUCUAACCUCCCCCCAAUACCUACAUCGACCAUGUCCAACCUGCGUAUCAAGAACCCUAUUCAACAAAACAUGCUCGGGCGGUCAGGACUGUUUAGGCAGAGCACGAUCGAAAAGAAGAAAGGGUUGACCGUGAGAGAUUGGUGGGAAAAGGGGAGGACGGCGCCCUUUCAUUACCCCGGACCGAAAGAUGCCGAGCUUAGAAAGAGAGGUAACCCGGCGGGACCGUCGACGAGGACGAACAAGCGGAGAAAGGUUGCGGGUUCGGGAUCGGGAUCGGGAUCCACGCCGGCACCUUCCGAACCCGGGGUCGAUGAGGCCGAGGCGGUCAAGCAGGAAGACGGGGCUAUGACGAUGGCGAUGGAGCUGGAUGAAGUGGGCGACAAGGCGACACCUACAGCUGCGGCAUCUGACAGGGCAGCCUCGUCCGCACCUAGUACCGCAGCCGAGACCAAGACCGAGGCUACCGACCCUUGGUACGACACGUUCAACCCUCAUACCGACUGGUUACCCAACGAGACCAAGGAGGAAGACUAUACCGAAGAAGGCUGUCGCAAUCUGGAACGCAAGUUUUGGCGAGAACUAGGUUUGGGUGAAGCUUGUUGGUACGGAGCGGACAUGAAGGGGUCGUUGUUCACGGACGAGACGACGAGUUGGAACGUCGCGCACUUGCCCAACCUCUUGAACCGGCUGAAUUUGAAGAGAAAGUUGCCAGGCGUCAAUACACCGUAUCUUUACUGGGGGAUGUGGGCAGCCGCGUUCGCCUGGCAUGUGGAGGAUAUGGAUCUCUAUUCGAUCAACUACAUACACUUUGGCGCGCCCAAAUUCUGGUAUGCCAUCCCUCAGAAAAAGGCAGACGCGUUCGAGCGACACAUGGCGGGCUACUUUCCCUCGGACGCUCGCAAGUGUGAUCAGUUCCUGCGACACAAGUCGUUUGCCGUCUCGCCUUACAAUCUGGGUGGACAAGGUAGCCGACCAAAUAUCAUGGUACAGAAGCAGGGCGAGUUUGUGAUCACCUUUCCACGAGGGUAUCACGCCGGGUUCAAUAUGGGCUUCAAUUGCGCCGAGAGCAUUAAUUUCGCGCUGGACGACUGGAUCGAGAUGGGUAGGAGGGCCAAGAUCUGUCGAUGUGAGAGCGAAAAUGUUCAUAUUGACGUCGACGCCGUGCUGGAAGAGUCGGCCCUACGGGAAGCUGCAGCUCAGGCUAGGGAGGAAAGACGUAUCAAGGCAGAACAACGAAGGCAAGAGCACAAGCCUCGGGUGAAGCGGUCACGCAAGGACCCGAAUAAGCCCAGGGUACCCAAGAUCCGGAUCAAAGCGGUGGUCGAGUUCAAGCCACCGCCAAAGCCGGCCAAACCGGUUUAUCCGUGUUUACUCUGCCCUGAUCAGUCGACGACGUCUCUGCUGCCUGUCUAUCGGGAGCCCAAGCCAGUCGUCGAGGCGAUUGCUGAGCCUGUCAUACCUGUCGUGGUCACCGGGGUCGAUCAGUCCGCCGAGUCAUCACCGCACAAUUCGAGCGUUGCGGCAACGGAGGCUCCUCCGGUCGUGCAGCCGGUCGAUCGGCCGCCACCACGCAGGCGUCAUGAAUACGCUCAUCUCACCUGUGUUCGGUCGACUCCCGAGCUGUGGAUCGCCGAUGUAUGGGACGAGGUUACGAGACGGAGUGUGCGUCGGGUGAUGGGUAUCGACAAGAUCGGUCGAGAGCGAUGGAAUUUGAAAUGCGCCAGCUGUGCCGAUGAUCCCAACCGGCAAAAGUACGGAUCCAAGGUCCAAUGCACAAAGGGCAAGUGCGUCAAGGCCUAUCACGUAACGUGUGCGAUCAAGGACCCCAACGUCGAGUUCAAAGAGAUGGAGGUGGACGAAUGGGUCGUCCAGCCAGAGGUCAUUCAAGAUGGCGUGCCUACGUCGUCGCAGGAAGCGCUUACCGGCGAGGCAGGACCAGGACCUACCACGACGACAAACAACGCCGCCCGGAAGUUCUCUCGAUUGACUAUCGUGCAUGCGCAUAUCCUCUGUCCGUCUCACAACCCGGCUCUGGCCGAACAGAAGCGACUCGAAGCGCACCGGGGCAUGUUGCGGCGCUUGACCUCGGUGCCGUAUGGCACUCCUGUCAGCUUAAGGUUGGGCACGGGUACGUGGGGGAGUUAUCUUUUGAGCGUGGACGCAAUGAGGGAGGUAGCGGUUGUUACCAAUGAUAAGGGAGUACCUUUCGAAGUCAAAUGGAGUCAAGUGGUGUAUAUACCUCCUGCCUACGUCACUGCAACGACGAACGAGGGCGAGGGCGGUAGGAUGAGGAUGGUUCAAGACGUCUCUGAAUCAGCUGGUAUAGCUACGAGAGCUGCAUUACCGGAAGACAUGCACAGAAUGCCGGUGAACGGUCCUAAUGUGCCGACCGAUAAGACGGACUCGAUUACGGUGCCAAAACCACUCGAGGACACAAUACCGAUCACCUCAUCGGACGACAUCACAAAGCAGACGCAUGACACCACGUUGACGCCGUCAACUCCGGCCCAUUCCCUUCGGCUGGGCUCGCACGUCAUGCUGACACCAGGGCUGAUCGGGAUGUUAAGCGAGAAUCCGUUACUGCGGGCCUCCUUGAAAGGUUUAGGUCUCGGUGGAUAA